UUACGCGGGUCAAGGACGUUACUUAAUGCCCAUGCUCAAGUGAGACCAGGUGCUAACGCGCGUCCUCGGUUAUUGCACAGGUAAUACCCCUGCGAUGCAGCAGUCACGUCACAAAUAGCCGAAGGUAAUGUUACAUUAGUAUCGUCCCGCGUGCUUUGGAUCGGUUAAUCAAACAAAAGCCGCAGUGCGUUUGCUUCAUGCAAUGAUCAGUGAGGAAAAACACGGAGGGGUCAAGAGUUAGAUGGGCGUCCGGUUCAAUUUCAAGAUGGCGGCAUCCAUCCCUUUAAAACUGUGUUCGCCGCCGGUGUACAUGUACAGCAGGAUUUCCUUGUUCCGUGCGUGUCCGGGCAGGUGGUUCAGCGGGACCGGAGCGGUGCAGGGCGCGACCCCGCGGCUCGUUCAGGUAGAGGAGCCGCCGCCGUACACACCUGCACGGCUGGCAGGCAGGCCGUACCUCAGCGGCUCGCAAUCCGCGGGCUUUCCCGAGUUCCUGGGCCGGGCCCGGCCGGGCUUUCCGGCGAUGUUCCAGCCGGGAGACACCGCCGGGGGGAUCGAGGAGUGGUCGGCGGUGGUGAAGGGCGUGAUAGACCGAGAGCUGACGCGAUCGGGGGCGCUGCUGUUCCGAGGACUGCCCGUCAGGACUGACCAGGACUUCGGGCGCCUGUGCCAAGGGCUGGGGUACGAUAUGAUGGUGUAUAAAGGUGGCGCCGUGGACAGGUCGGAGCUGACAGACAUGGUGUACACGGCGGCAGACGAGCCGCUGGAGAUGACCAUAGACCUGCACACAGAGAUGUCCUACCUGCCGCACUGGCCCAGAAAGUUGAUGUUCUGCUGCAUCAAACCGCCCGGAGAGAAGUAUGGAGGCGAGACGCCCAUCACGGACAUGCGCAGUGUGCUGAGAGACAUGGACCCUGCCUUGCUCGACCGUCUGCGCACGCGCGGAAUUCGCUACAUCCGGAACAUCGCCGACAGGUCACGUGACGUCUGGUGCUGGCAGCGGACGUUCCGAACGGAGGACAGGGAGGAGGUUGAGAAGUUCCUUGCAGAGCGCGACUUCUCCUUCCAGUGGAACAGUGACGACUCGGUGACGUACUGGUACGUCAUGCCGGCCACACGGGAACACCCAGCCACCGGGGAGACACUCUGGUUCAACCAGGCCACGUCUCACCACUGCAGCUACUUCUACCAGCACCCAAACUUCGGCGGCGCCGGGAGGGCCAAGUUCCGGUACCCCUUCCACACCUGCUACGGGGACGGGGAGGAGUUCAGACCGGAAGAGGUGUCGCACAUGCAGCAGGUGCAGUGGAGGCACGCGGUGGGGUUCCACUGGCGGGCUGGGGACGUCCUGGUGGUGGACAACAUGGUGACGGGGCACGGGCGCAUGGGCUGCACGCCCGGGGUCAGCGGUAGGAAGGUGGUCGUCAGUCUCACCAGCAACUAGCCAAAACGUCAAGAACGGGCUAAAGGGUAUCGUAGUAAACUGAUAAACUGAUGACUUCAAGAAGUUCAAGCCCAUGAAACUCGAAAUCUUGUACACAUU